UUCCGGUCUCACCCGGAUUCAUAACAAUAGCUGGAAACGGCUAACGAGCUAACGGUGAUUCAGGCUGCUACUUCUGUCUGUUAAUCACGGUUACGGCCCGUUUACCGCAGCGGGGCGUUUUACCGGUGGCAGGACGGUACGAUAGCUGGACUGCUCCCGUAGCUAACGCACAGAGAGACGACAUGAAGACGGUUACUCUGAAGUUUGUCACCGUGAGCAGCCGUUAGCAGCAUCGCUGGAAACCGUCGGCUGCUCGCUAGCCUGCUACAGCAUCAGCAGUCCUGAGUCAGGAGCGACAUUAGCUGCUGACGUGUUUUGAGGCGUGAUGGGGAAUCAGCUGGCGGGGAUCGCCCCCUCGCAGAUCCUGUCUGUGGACAGCUACUUCUCAGACAUUCACGACCACGAGUAUGAUAAGAGUCUGGGCAGCACUCGCUUCUUCAAGGUGGCCCGGGCCAAACACCGGGAGGGCCUGGUGGUGGUCAAAGUCUUUGCCAUCCAGGACCCUUCGCUGCCCCUGACCAGCUACAAACAGGAGCUGGAGGAGCUGAAGAUCAGACUGCACUCCUGCCAGAACUGCCUACCCUUCCAGAAAACCUCCCUGACUGAGAAAGCUGCCAUCUUGUUCCGUCAGUACGUCCGGGACAACCUGUACGACCGCAUAAGCACUCGGCCAUUCCUCAACAACGUGGAGAAGCGUUGGCUGGCCUUUCAGAUCCUCAACGCUGUCGACCAGGCCCACAAAGCCGGCGUCCGCCACGGCGACAUCAAGACAGAGAACGUGAUGGUGACCAGCUGGAACUGGGUGCUGCUCACAGACUUCGCCAGCUUCAAGCCCACAUACCUGCCGGAGGACAACCCCGCCGACUUCAACUACUUCUUCGACACGUCCAGGCGGAGAACGUGCUACAUCGCACCAGAGAGGUUCGUGGAUGGAAGCAUGUUUACCACUGAGAGCGACCAGAAUACGCCGCUGGUGGAUCUGACCAAUAACAACCAGAGGAGCAGAGGGGAACUCAAACAGGCCAUGGACAUCUUCUCUGCAGGCUGUGUGAUAGCGGAGCUGUUCACAGAGGGCGUCCCUCUCUUCGAUCUGUCCCAGCUGCUGGCGUAUCGUAAAGGACACUUCCAGACGGAGCACGUCCUCAUGAAGAUCGAGGACCGGAGCAUCCGGGAGCUGGUAGCUCAGAUGGUGCAGAGGGAGCCAGAGAAGCGCCUGGCAGCAGAGGAGUACCUGAAGCAGCAGAGAGGGAAAGCUUUCCCCGACAUCUUCUACACCUUCCUGCAGCCGUACAUGGCUCAGUUCGCCAAAGAGACUUUCCAGUCCGCAGACGAGCGAGUUCUCGUCAUCCGCAAAGACCUCGACAACAUCCUGCACAAUCUGCGAGGAGGUGAGAGGGAGCUGAGAGGCUCCUCUUCUUCCUCUCCGUCUCAGGAAAUCAGCGAUGGCGUGCUGAGCUCCAGAGAGGAGCAGGGCCUCAUCGUCCUGGUGUCUGUCAUCACGUCCUGCCUCCAGACGCUGCACUCCUGCGACUCCAAGCUUGCAGCGUUGGAGCUCAUCCUCCACCUGGCUCCACGGCUCGGCGUCGACAUCCUGCUCGACCGUAUCACGCCCUACCUGCUGCACUUCUGCAACGACCCCGUGCCUCGCGUGCGCGCUCAGGCCGUGCGCACUCUGACCAAAGUGCUGGCGCUGGUGAAAGAGGUGCCGAGGAACGACGUCAACAUCUACCCAGAGUACAUCCUGCCAGGCAUCGCCCACCUCGCCCAGGACGACGCCACCAUCGUCAGGCUGGCAUACGCAGAGAACAUAGCUCAUCUGGCAGAGAGCGCGCUGCGUUUCCUGGAGUUGGUUCAGGAAAACAACGUGAACACAGAACAGGACCUGAGCGGUGAGGACACGGAGGAAAUACUGCACCCCAACGAAAACUACGACUCAGAGCUGCAGGCGUUGCACGAGAUGGUGCAGCAGAAGGUGGUGACGCUGCUGAGCGACUCGGAGAACAUCGUCAAACAGUCGCUGAUGGAGAACGGCAUCACGCGCCUCUGCGUCUUCUUUGGCCGGCAGAAAGCCAACGACGUGCUGCUGUCUCACAUGAUCACCUUCCUCAACGACAAGAAUGACUGGCAUCUGCGAGGAGCCUUCUUCGACAGCAUCGUGGGUGUUGCAGCGUACGUUGGCUGGCAGAGCUCCGCCAUCCUGAAGCCUCUCCUCCAGCAGGGUCUGAGCGACACAGAGGAGUUCGUCAUCUACAAAGCUCUGAACUCUCUCACCUGCAUGUGUCAGCUGGGCCUGCUACAGAAACCUCACAUCUACGAGUUCGUCAGUGACAUAGCUCCGUUCCUGUGUCACCCCAACCUGUGGAUCCGUUACGGGGCAGUGGGCUUCAUCACUGUCAUCGCACAGCACCUCAACGUGGCCGAUGUCUACUGCAAACUGAUGCCCCACCUCAACCCCUUCAUCACCCAGCCCAUCAUCCAGAUUGAUAAAGAGCUGGUGCUUCUGAGUGUGCUGAAGGAGCCGGUCAGUCGCUCCAUCUUCGACUACGCCCUGCGCUCCAAAGACAUCGCCAGCCUCUUCCGCCACCUGCUGCUGCGACAGAAGAAGCGUGCAGGAUCUAUCCCAGAAUGCCCCACUCCUGAGGACCCGGCCAUCGCACAGCUCCUCAAGAAGCUGCUCUCACAGGGGAUGACGGAGGCAGAGGAGGACAAGCUGCUGGCGCUUAAAGACUUCAUGCUGAAAUCCAACAAGGCCAAAGCCAACAUGGGUGAGCAGAGUCACCUGGGAGAGGCGGCCCAGACUGGCGUCAUCGACCUGGCGACGCUCGGCAUCACCGGCCGCCAGGUCGACCUGGUCAAACCCAAGGCUGAGGUUGAGGACAAGAGAGCGAGAAAGCACACAAAGCAGGACUCCACCAUGAAUGAGGAGUGGAAGAGCAUGUUUGGAUCUCAGGAGCCGCCCUCCGCCCAGCCCGCCACGUCUGCCGAUGGGCCGGCGAGUCAAGUCAGGAAGAGCGCCGUGGCACCGGCGGUGCCCGUCCUGCAGUCGGUGGCGAGCGGCCCUGCCUACCAGCGCCGCAUCAACACCUGCAAGGCGGAGCUGCAGCAGCUGGUGCAGCAGAAGAGGGAGCAGUGCAGCGCCGAGCGCAUGGCCAAACAGAUGAUGGAGAGCGCGGAGUGGGAAAGUCGACCUCCUCCACCUGGGUGGCACCCUAAAGGGCUGCUGGUUGCCCACCUCCACGAACACAAAGCUGCCGUGAACCGCAUCAGGGUCUCAGACGAACACUCCAUCUUUGCUACUGCGUCCAAUGACGGCACUGUUAAAGUCUGGGACAGUCAGAAGAUGGAGGGAAAGACCACGACCACCAGGUCGGUGCUGACUUACUCUCGUAUUGGCGGUCACGUGAAGACGCUGACCUUCUGUCAGGGGUCACAUUACUUAGCGGUGGCCUCAGACAACGGAUCCAUCCAGCUGCUGGCGGUCGAAGCAAACAAACCGCCCAAAUCCCCCAAAGUUCAGCCGUUCCAGACGAGGUCUCUGGACCUGCAGGAGGACGGCUGUGCGGUUGACAUCCACCAUUUCAACUCCGGCGCUCAGUCGGUGUUGGCGUACGCCACUGUCAACGGCUCGCUGGUCGGCUGGGACCUUCGCUCCAACUCCAAUGCCUGGACGCUCCGCCACGACCUCCGCCUGGGACUCAUCACCUCCUUCACCGUUGACAUGCACCAGUGCUGGCUCUGCCUAGGUACGAGCAGUGGCACCAUGGCCUGUUGGGAUAUGCGGUUCCAGCUCCCCAUCUCAAACCACUCCCACCCAGCCCGAGCACGAAUCAGACGACUGCUGAUGCAUCCGCUCUACCAAUCAUCUGUCAUCGCAGCUGUCCAGGGGAAUAAUGAAGUGUCGAUGUGGGACAUGGAGACCGGGGAUCGGAAAUUCACUCUGUGGGCGAGCUCUGCACCUCCACUCUCUGAGAUGCAGCCGUCUCCUCACAGCGUUCACGGGAUCUACUGCAGUCCUGCUGACGGGAACCCUCUGCUGCUGACUGCUGGAUCUGACAUGAGGAUCAGGUUCUGGGAUCUGGCGUAUCCUGAGAGGUCAUAUAUCGUGGCGGGAGGAGCCAACGACUCGCUGCACUGUCCGUCUGUUCUCUACAGCCGGAAGAUCAUCGAAGGAACCGAAGUCGUACAGGAGAUCCACAGUAAACAGAAGAGCGGCGUGGUGGAGGACUCACCUCGCCGCGGCCCAGAAUCCCUCCCCGUGGGACACCAUGACAUCAUCACUGACAUUGCCACCUUUCAGACCACACAGGGCUUCAUCGUCACCUCGUCCAGAGACGGCAUCGUCAAAGUCUGGAAGUGAGGACGAGCUGCGCCAACAGAACACACACACACCAACGCACACACGGGGAUACAUGUUUAAGGACACGUGCUCAGACUUUGUCUUUUUGAGUUCUCUAGCUUUCUCACAAACCUGGUUCAUUCAUUUCUGACCUAAAAUCGUUUGAGACAGGAACUGACAUCAUGUGUACAACGCCUCCAUUCGCUUUUAUGGAAGAGGAUUAGGGCUGCAUUUGAAAAAUUUUUUGGACUUUAAAGUCAGAAUUCUGACAUAAAAGUCAACUCAGAGAAGAAUUCUGGAAGUCAAAAUUCUGAGAUUUAAAAAAAUCACGUGGCCCUAAUCCUCUUCCCUAUGCUUGUUACAUUUGAUUUUCAUGGAAAAGGUGAACUACAGCAUUUGUACUGUAGUAGUACUGUAGUUCGUGUAGUUGAACACAUCGUCCUGCCAGCUGCUUCUGAUCAUGCGUAAACGUUCUUCAGCAGCCUGCAGGUGUUACAGAGGAUCAGUUCCUGCAUCAAUUUCUGAUUUGUGCACUUAAUAAUAUUUAUUUUGACACAAAUUACCAGGAUGUCAAACAGCCAAAACAUAUUAAGUGUAUUCACUGAUCCGUAGUGAGUUUGAGUGCACUGAUUACUGAUUUGAGUGCAUCAAUUACUAAACUAGAAAACUAUUUAUCACACGUUUUCUCUCUCUAGAUUCAGAUCCAGUUGUUUCAAUGGGAACUGGGCCUCAACCUACUCGUUUUAGAGAGUCCAAGUCCCUCCCUUCUGCCCCAUUGGACCUUAUUUUGGAAAAAAAAUAUGUACGGUAGUCAGCUGAGAGAGGCAACAAGAGAUCUCAUUUGAAUUGUGUCCUGAAUCACACACAUGAUGUUUGUCAGGUUAAGAGAUAAUUUAAGUCAAGAAAGUCUCUCGCCGUUGACUACCGUACAUAUUUCUGGAGAAAUAUGAUCCCAAUGGCGGUCCACCGAAAGGGGAGGGGUUUAAGCUCUUUACUGGAUGUAGCUGAUUAGAAUGUGAUUUGCAUAAAAUCAAUAUAUUAAUUAACACAUCCACAGCUUGAAAAACUGGAGCAACGAGAUGUAUUUACAUGUUUUUUGUGAUUUUCUAGGAGACCAAAAUUCUAUAAUAAAAAAAAUAUUAUGUUUAAAACUUUAAAUUUAAUCUUGUAAAAAUGAAGAACUUAUGAUGUGUUUAAACUGAGUCACCUUAUCGCCACGUGAUCAGAUCGUCCUCUGGAGAGACAAUAAAUUACCAACUUGGACCUGUUUCUGGACUUUCUUUAUCUUUUAGACGCAAUGGAUGUAAAUUCUAUUCAACAUUUUUCAUUCCCCCUAAAAACUGUUUAUUAAUAGGUGAAUGUUAGAGCCAAAAACCCCCAAACAUUUACACACACAUGCACUCUCUUUCUCUCUCGUUCUCUGUACAUAAGUUAUUUUAAAUCUGAGUAAUAUAAAGUUUAAUUUGAAACUUCAUCAGAUGAUGAUUUGUUGCUGUAGAAAUGUUACAACACUGCAGAUGAACCAAGUGACCUGCAUUUCAAUGUUUGUCCCAUUUGUUAAAUAAAAUCUGCAAAAAAUCAA